AUGCCAUCCCACAUUAGAACGUAUGACGGAACUGAAGAUCCCGAAGACCACCUCCAAAUCUUUACUGGUGCUGCAAGGAUUGAAAAGUGGUCUAGUGCCGAAUGCUGCCUUAUGUUCAUGCAAACCCUUGUAGGGUCUUCCCGGAUUUGGUUCAAUGACCUACCUGGUGGAAGCAUUCAAACCUUUGACGACUUGGGUAAAUGUUUCUUGGCUAACUUUUCGCAGCAACGGAGGUACGUCAAGGAUGCAACAGUGAUUUUCCAAAUCAAGCAAAGGGAUGAUGAAAUCCUUAGAGAUUUCAUCGAAAGAUACAAGAAAGAAGGGUUAACAUACGUAGGUGCUGAUGAGAAGAUAAGGGUGGCAGGCUUCAUGAACGCUAUCACCUCCAAGUACCUCACUCGAGACUUUAACAAAUGUCUACCCAAGACCCUCAAGGAGGCCCUUGGGAGGGCUGAAGCUCACAUCCGGGGGGAGGAAGCCAUUGAUAUCAAGGAACAAAGAAAAAGGGUUCCCAGUUGGAGGAGUAAUAGCCCCAAUAGGAAAAGAAGCAACUAUGGUUCCUAUGACAAACGUUCCAGAAGCUCAGAUCCGAGAAGGUCUGAAGGCUGGAACCCUCCAAGCAGGGAAAAGAAUGUGAACUUCACAGGCUUAACCAAAACCCCACAAGAUUUCCUUGACACUUAA